GAUCUCGGCCUAGAAGACGAGAGCCACAGACAGCAUCCAUGACCACGCAGCUGAGGGCCUCCCUCCUCGCACUGGUUUUGCUAGUCGGCUCUCUGCAGACCCACGCCAGGCCUGAUAAGACGAGGAUGAAUUGCUACAAAGACAUGAAAGGCACCAUCUACGACUAUGAAGCCCUCACUCUGAACGGAAACGAGCUCAUCCAGUUCAAGCAGUACGCGGGCAAGCUCGUUCUUUUUGUCAAUGUGGCCACCUACUGUGGCCUGACGGCUCAGUAUCCGGAGCUGAAUGCACUUCAGGAGGAGCUGAAGCCCGUGGGCCUGGUUGUGCUGGGCUUUCCCUGCAACCAAUUCGGAAAGCAGGAACCGGGAGACAACUCGGAGAUCCUUCCGGGGCUGAAGCACGUCCGUCCAGGGAGAGGAUACGUACCUAAUUUCCAGCUUUUUGAGAAGGGGGAUGUGAAUGGUGAGAAAGAACAGAAGGUCUUCACCUUCUUGAAGCUCUCCUGCCCUCACCCCUCGGAGCUUCUGGGCUCUUUGAGACACAUAUCCUGGGAUCCCGUAAAGGUCCACGACAUCCGCUGGAACUUUGAGAAGUUCCUGGUGGGGCCUGACGGGGUCCCUGUCAUGCGCUGGUCCCACGGGACUCCCGUCGGCGCGCUCAAGGCAGACAUCCUGGAGUACCUGAAACAGACCGACAGUAAAUAGGGAGGCCGACGGCGGGGAGGAGCCGCCCUGCUUCUUCCCGGAAGACCUUCUAAAGAAUGCCGCGUCUCACUACCCUCCUCCUACACGGCCUCCCCUUGCCCAAAUCACUCCAUACCACCAGCGUCCCCACUCUCUACCGAGCAGAGUCAUGCAGAGGGCGACCGCUAUUCCUCCCUGGGAGAGUACCCAUGUGGGAGAAGAAGGAAACAACGGAAACCCCAGAUCCUCAGAGCUCUGUUACACAUUCAAUCACUCCUCCCCAUCCAAGGAAAACCAGCCUUCCGGAGGAUGGUUCAGUCUGCCGGCCCGGCCUGAAGAAGAAUGUUCCUAGACGGAAUGUUCCCCCUUCUCUGUCCACCCUGAAGGUGCAGAGGCGACAGGGGGCGGGCGGCUAUGCAGCCUCAGCUCCACCUCCUAGCACUCGCCCUCCCCGAGGACAGAGCGUACUGUCAGUUUCCAAGUCCCUUCAGAUCAGUGCGCGACACGCCCCCUCCCACACGCAAGCUGACUGGUCAUUCUGGUGUAGGAGCGUAAGGAGGAAUGGGAGCAGGAGACGGCCUUGCAUGGAGAGAAGGGCAUGUCCAUGGCAGUGGGACCCAGAGCCUCUCUCUAAUUUAGAUCCUACAGAAACUUCCCUAUUGUCUGACCUUCCAGCGCACUCAGGUUAAGACACCUGGGCAAGGCAUCCUUUGAAGGAUGGGCUCUCCCCACCCCCCGUGGAUUCCUCAGCCCUGCACUG